AUGUUCCUCGCGAACUUCCGGGACGGCACCAAGAGGCGCAAAGGUCUGCUUCUGCAGCAGAAGCAGCUGAACUCCACGCGGGCCACGCUCCUGGACUACCAGGCGAAGCUCAAUGCGGCGGACAGGCACCUCCAGGGCACGCGCGCCAAGCUGGAGCAGCGCUUGCACGGCCUCGGCGCGUUCCUGCAGAGGUUGGCCGCGGUGGCGGCAGGCCCGGUGGCGUCCGCGGACCAGCAGCUGAAGGACAUGCCCGCUGGGGUGACGAUCCCUGAUGGACCCGCUGAUGGCGCAGACGGCGCUAUGGGUUCCGCGCCCGAGGCGACCCAGGCCAUCCCCCCCGCGGAGGAGGAGGCGCCCCCUCCGGGCGCCCGGUGA